CUUUGAGUUAUUUGGAAUCUAAGAAGUUCGUACACAGAGAUAUUGCGGCACGAAAUGUGCUUGUGAGUUCGCCGACGUGUAUCAAGCUUGCUGAUUUCGGUCUCUCACGUUGGGUGUCGGAUCAAUCAUAUUACCAUUCGAGCAUGUGUAUUUUGCCAAUAAAGUGGAUGGCGCCAGAGUCGAUCAACUUUCGUAGAUUUACAAACGCAAGCGAUGUUUGGAUGUUUGGUGUUUGUGCAUGGGAAAUUCUUAUGCUGGGUGUUAAGCCAUUUCAGGGUAUCAAAAAUAGUGAUGUCAUUACCAAAUUGGAAAAUGGCGAACGUUUACCGUUGCCAAAAGAUUGUCCGCCGCGAUUGUAUUCGCUUAUGUCACAAUGCUGGGCGCAUGAGCCGUCUAAACGACCUACGUUCCAGAGAAUUAAAGAAACUCUCUAUGAAAUUUUGGUGGAUGAAAAAAUUAGCGAUUCUGAGACGAUGCGGCGCGAAAACCGCCGUGUAGCAGCAAUGUCUUGGAGUGGCUGUGAAGGCGAUGUACCACCAGUAAAACCAGCUAGAACUCCCUUCGAAGGAGAUACCGCACUGCAGUCAUCCAUA